AUGCAGCUGCUAUUAGAAGCCCAAGCAGAUCCGAACGGCAAUUUCUCUGAUCAGCCCUGGACGCCACUGUGCCAGGCCCUGCUGCAACAUCAGCUGACGGAAGUGCGAUGCCUCUUGACAGCCGGAGCUUGCAUCGAAAGAACCGGUAUGCUGGGGACGCCCUUGUGCUUAUCAGAUCUCAUCCCGCAGUCCGACGUGAUGAGGGUUCUCCUCGAGUCCAGGGCGAACACCGAAGCACAAACCGAUGCCGGAGCGACUCCGCUCCUCCUUGCGACUGCGAGCCUCAACCCAAAAGGCUUCUAUGGAUGCGGCGACAGUUUUGGUGGAAGCCGGAGCCGUCGUAGACUUCCCAGACAAAUCUGGACGGGCCAUGUGAGGGUGGGGCGCUUGAUCCCUCGCCCUAGCAUGCGUGACAGUCGCGGAAAUACUCCCUUUGAUGCUGCGUAUGGCCUCAAGCAUGUUCGGCGGCUCCUAUCCAACUCCAAGUGGUCACGGGCACCGCACGUCAAAGCACGCAGCUGCCACUGGGAAAAUUGGGCUUCCGAGGUGGCGAGCAUUUGUAUACCGGAUUUGUGUCAGUCAGGCAGUCUCAGUCUCACACUUACCAAACGCUAA